AUGUCGAAAAUGUUAUUACAACCGAAUUAUUGCAGUUGUACUGUACAUCAAGCUCGAAAUUUACCAGAAAAAGGCAAACAUGGUGGAGUUGAUGCUUUUUGUACAAUAUCUAUGGGAAAAGAAAAAUUUGUUACUGCUGUACGAGAAAAAACUCGUUCACCUGACUGGCAAGAACAAUGUGAUAUGCCAAUUGUUGAUGACGCAACAAUUAAACUGACUGUUUAUCAUAAUAAUAAAAAUGCUUUAUCUAAAGGUGAUUUUAUUGGUCGUACAUAUGUUUCAUUACGUGAUUUACAAGAUUAUGAUCAAAUUCAUCGACGUUGGUAUAAACUUACAAAUAAAGAUGGUAAAGCUGAUAAAGAUCGAGGAGAAAUCGAUGUAUCAUUACAAUUUUAUUCGAAAAAUAAUACAACUGGUAGUGUAUUAGAUUUAGCAACGAAAAAAAAACAUCUCUCAUUGAAAGAUAUUAAACAAUCGUUAGGUGGUAAAUUAAAAACAGCCUCAAAGCAUCGAAACAAAGACAAUUAUGGUGGUGAUAAUCAGUUAGCUGAACAGAGUCGUCGCCUAGGUGGCGGUGAUGAUAGUACAUAUAAUGUACGCGAUUUUCUUGAUGAUUCAGCAUCGGAGUCGACAUCUAUGGCUGGCUCACAUAUGUCACUUAACAGUAUGUCAUAUCCUAAUAAUGCUGAAUCUCAGUCUAAAAAGAUGCCUCGUGCUCCAAGUAAUGGACUUGGAUCAACAUUAGGUACAGGAACACCACAUUCAUCACGUCGUUCAGUAACGUCAGAUUAUGAUACAUCAUCAAUACUUGAUUCAGCUUCAAUGUAUGGUGGAGAUGAACCAUCUACGCCAUCUCCUCCUGUUCGUUCUCAAGUACAACAACAACAACAAUAUCGUGAAGUUUAUGUUGGUGAUGAUUUACCCCCACGAAGUAAUUCAACUCGUAAAAAAUCUAAAGAACCAUCACCAUCAACUACAUUACCAACAAUAAUGAAAACGAAAAAUCAAAAUAAUUCUCCACCACCGUUGUCAACAGAUCAUAGUCGAAGUUUUUCUGUUACAGGUGAUGAUAUCGAAGCAGCAUUUGAUGCUAUUAAUGAUUAUAAAACAUCUAUGAAUGAAUCAUCAUUAAAUAAACCCAAAGAAUAUGACGUUCCAUCAUCUGAUUCAUUAUUUGGUUUAUCAACAAUAAAAGAAGCUACUGAUACAGAUGAUAUUGUUCUUGGUAAAAACUCAUUACGACGUCAAAAGGAUGAAGAAAUCGAUGACAUUGAUUUUGAUAAUUGUUUUAAUAAAUAUAAACAACAACAACAGCAGCAACAGCAACAACAACAACAACAACAACAAAAUGAAAAAAAACCAAGUGAGGAAAAAAAAAGUAAAAAACCCGCUCCAUCAACACCUAUUGUUCAACAAUCACAAAAAAAUGAAGAACCAAAAUCUGGUCAUCAUUCUAAAGAACACACACGUACAGCACCUACUCAUACUGAUGAUAUACAUACUUCAUCAGUUUCAAUCCCAACACCUAAAAUCAAUAUAACUACAACGCCUACUGCUACUGUUUUAGCAACAAAACAGAAAGAAACUACUUCAAAUGAUUUCGAUGAUUCAAACGAUUCUAUUGAUGAAGAUGUUGAUGAAUUAUUGGGUAAAUUAGAGCGAAUGUCCAGUAUACGUUCUUCGGUGAAACGAAAAAUUCAACCAAAAGACGAUAUAAUGCAACAAUCAUUUUCUGAGCAAUUGUCCUCGGAAAAUCAACAUCGUCCGAUUAAUUUGAAGUAUUCAACACUUCAAACGGAUAAAAAAAUUCAAAGUCGAGUUUUAUCAUUUGAUGAUAACGAUGAUAUAGCAACUCCAAGUAUCGAUAUUGAUACUAAGAAUUUUCUUGAACAACCAUCUAAUAAUAAAGUUUUGGGUGUUCACUCUCAAAAUCAAUCAUUAUCAUCGAGCAAUCAAACGAAUAGAAAUGGUCCUGCAACAUUACCUGAUAUUGUCGGUGAACAACCAGGGAAAAGUUCAUCUCAAUAUAAACCAUCAUCAUCAACUAUUCAAAAAUCAAACGAUAAUGGUCUUUGUGUACUUGGUUAUCAAAAUGUGAAAAGUGUACCUGUUCAUCCAAACAUUCGUCAAGAACUUAAUUAUCUUGAUCGUGAAGAACUUCUUCAUAUUAUUGCAUAUCAAUCAGAUUUACUAAAAAAACGAGACACACGUUUAAAAGAUCUUGAAAAUUAUACGGAUGGUUUACUUGUUAAAAUACUUGAACAAUGUCCAACUAUACUUCAAAACGGAGCACUCAAAUACAACAGCAAAUGA